CUCACGAAUGUUUUCAUUUUUUGUUGAAAUAUGAUUUAAUUUUUUCGAAAGACUGAAGGUCAAUUACUACUUUAUCGUGUUACAAUAAGUCCCGCGUAUUAUGCUGUUUAUUGAUAGAAGUAGCGCCGUUUUUCAUCGCUCGAAUAAGCGGGGUUACAUAAUUUUUCUGUGACUGCAUUGUAAAUCCUGAAUCGAUCUACUUGCGUAACGGAAACGUUUUUAAAAAUAGUUGCAAAUAAGUUUCAAUAGCCUCCAUGUCCAGGACGUUAAAUUUAGAAUGCAACUUCAGAAAGUUUUGCGUGUGGCGCCUAUGAGAUUUGAAUGUGCCGUGGGACUGUGGUUGUUUUAAAUUAAAUGGGACAAAAUAUUCCACAUAAUAUAUUCUCUUGUCAGCCGCGUAAAAAUGGUGAAAGCCAGAAAAAAUAAAGACCCUCAUUUGGAACGUUUAUCGAAUACAGAAAUUGUAAUCACUGCCCUCACAUCCGGCGCAAUAGCAGGGGGUAUAGCGAAAACUACUAUUGCACCAUUGGACAGAACAAAAAUAAAUUUCCAGAUAAGUCAUAGGACAUACUCGACUAGAAAAGCUUUUAAAUUUCUAUUAGAAACUUUGAGGAAGGAAGGUUUUUUUGCAUUAUGGAGGGGAAACAGUGCCACAAUGGCGCGUAUAGUGCCCUAUGCAGCUAUUCAAUUCACUGCGCACGAACAGUGGAAAAGGAUAUUAAAAGUGGACCAGAACGGCAGUCCGCAAAAACUCUUUUUGGCUGGUUGCCUAACUGGAGUGACCGCGCAAUCUCUUACUUACCCUUUAGAUAUGGCACGCGCGCGGAUGGCUGUGACUCAUAAAAGCGAAUAUGCCACUCUAAGGCGGGUGUUCCAAAAAAUAUACUCUUUUGAAGGAUUCCGGGGAUAUUAUCGUGGAUUUAUACCUACUAUAGUCGGGGUGAUUCCUUAUGCAGGAGUUUCUUUUUUUACUUAUGACUCACUGAAAAGAUUUUAUAGAGAGCAUGUGGACAGUAGCAGCUUUACAAUAAAUCCCAUAGCCUCAUUGGGGUUUGGGGCCGUCGCCGGCAUGCUCGGUCAAACAAGCAGUUAUCCCUUUGAUAUUGUUAGAAGAAGGAUACAGACGGGAACAGUGGAAAAGUAUCCGAAUAUGAUAAAGACAAUACAAUAUGUUUAUAAUACUGAAGGUAUCAUUAAAGGUUUCUACAAGGGAUUGUCUAUGAAUUGGAUAAAGGGACCUAUUGCAGUGGGAAUCAGUUACGCAGCCAACGAUAAUAUUAGAGACAGUUUGCGGGCGUUUUUGGUGAAGUACAGAACCCAUACGCUGAUGUAAUUAACAUGUUAAAUGCGCUAUGCACAAUAUGUACCGAGUGUUCAUUUUUGAUCUUUACUUAUAAAUACAGAAAAUUAAACAUAUGAUUUUUAAUGUAUUAACAGAAGUAACAAAAGUUGCUGUAUCAACAGCUAUAUUUUUUUCUUUUUAUAUAUAUAAAAUAGGUUAUAUUUUCUGUGGAUCUAUAUAGAUUUUCUAAUUAUAUUCUUUGAGCAGAGUGAUAUGAUUGUUAUUAUAGAAAAUAGUUGUGAUUAUGAACAUAAUAAACGAACCUAGGAUAUUAGUAAGCCUGAAUGGAUGGAAGGAAAACGUGUUACUGAAAGAUAUAUUUAUUAUUUUAUAUGUUGUACUUUGUAUAGAUAAAUUUCCACUGUGUUUUAAGCAUUUACCAGAUGUGCUGUGCGAU